AUGAUCGCUCACCUUCACCAGAUAUUCUCCGCUAGGCUCGACACCAUGCAAUCCAUGGUAGAGAGACUCCCAGGGGUAGCUCCCCCUAUACGGAAGAGCAACCCCGAUUCCUACGCUGACACUCCCUUCACGGAUGAGAUCACCUUGAUCGAGAUGCCCCGGAAGUUCUCUUUCUCCAGUAUCAGGGCGUAUAACGGCACCACUGAUCCGGACGACCACGUCGCCCAAUACAGACAGAGGAUGCUCGCUGUAGCACUCCCCAAAGGGUCACGCGAAGCUACCAUGUGCAAAGGUUUCGGCUCCACUCUGACCGGACCUGCUCUGCAAUGGUAUAUCAACUUACCCUCUAGGUCCAUAGUUUCCUUCGCAGUUCUCAGCGAUAAGUUCGUGGAACAAUUCGCCAGCAGCAGAGACCUGGAGAAAACCUCUGACAGCCUCUACGAAAUCCUCCAGCAUCGAGCGGAACCCCUGAGAGGCAACAUAGCCCGCUUCAAUCAAGAAAAUAUGGCUAUCCCCGAAUGCAGUAUCCCCACUGCUAUCUCUGCUUUCAAGAGAGGCCUGCUCCCCGACGGAGACCUCUACAAAGAGCUGACCAAAUACCAGUGCAAAACCAUGGAAGAUGUCCUAUCUCGAGCCUGGGCGCAGGUCAAAUGGGAGGAAGACGUCGCCAGCUGUGCCAAGGCGCAACAAAAGCAAGAUCCUAAGACAAUCGGACCAGACCGAACCGAUCGAGACAAGAAACCCUCUCAAAGACCAGCUAGGGACUCCAGGAAUCGAAACCGGGGCAGGUACCAGAACUGA